AUGUCAAAUUUUGUUAAAACGCGCGAUUCCGCUCUCAAAGCCAUUAAACGCUAUAUGGCAAAAAGUGUUGAUGACGCAUUCGCAAUGGAUACGGAAAGUGUUACGAGCUACCUCCAGCUAUUGGGUGAACAGUGGGCUCGUUUUAACGUUGCCCAAGACGCAAUAGACAUUUCUUGUGGUGUUGAUAAUGCUGACAUCGAAGAAAACGUGCGUAUCCAAGCCGAGACUUGGUACUCUACGGCUUUAGCAAAUUUUAAGCGCGUACAGAAGUGUCGCACCGAACCGCAAACCAAUAUUAUGUCAACGCCUGUGUCCGCGACCAUUCGUCUACCAAAAAUGGAGCUGCCUGCAUUCUCCGGUGAUUCUACGGAAUGGAUCGGGUUUUACGACGCGUUUACCUCGCUAGUUGACAGUAACUCGGCACUGUCGGACGUACAAAAGCUUCACUACCUUCGAAGCUGCUUGAAGGGUGACGCGUUAAAAAUUAUUAGCGGUUUUAAAAUAAGUGACGCGAAUUACGCUGAAGCUUGGGGGCUGCUAAAAUCGCGGUAUAAAGUCAUGCGUGUAAUUGUGGAAGUUCAUCUUCGCGCGUUGGCCGAUGUCAAAAGGGCUACGGGCGACAAUGCCGAGGCAAUCAAAGGUGUAAUUGAUGCGUUUCAGCAGCAUAUUCGCGAGCUUAAAGCGUUAGGUCGUCCAGUUGAAUUUUGGGACGACUGGUUGGUACAUGAGGUCGUGAAUAAAUUAGCAUUCGAGACGCGUAAGCAGUGGGAGCUAUCACUCGUUAGUGAUGAGCCUCCGUCAUUCGAACAAUUAGCCACAUUUUUAGAGAUACGAUGUCGGUCGCUAUCCAUGCUUCCGCCAUCAGCAACACCUGCACCAAUCAAGGUCAAAACCGCAUCAGCAACCAAGUCGACGAACGUGUUCCAUGCGGUACCGGAACAAAAUAACGCGUGUGCUUAUUGCAAUGGACCUCACAAGAUUUACGGCUGUGAAAAGUUUCGUGACCUGGACUUAACCGCAAAAUCGAAGUUCGUGAAGCUAGCGCGUGUAUGCUUAAAUUGCCUCAGCUCGGGCCACUAUAAAGAUCGGUGUAACAGUGCUUCCACUUGCCGGGUGUGCAACCAACGUCAUCACACGCUGUUGCAUGGUGCCGUAACUUCAACAGCCGUUACCGCAUCCAGUCACUUUUCCAACAAUCCGUCCCAUCCGUUCUCUGCAGUUGACGCCGCGUCACACGUAAACGCGAACGGCUCACUCGAUUUUGACGCAUCAUCGAACGCUGCCGCCGACGCCGCGCCGCACGCAGACGAUUCACCAACCGUCGACCCUUCAUCGAGCGCCGCCGCUGCAUGCGUUUCAUCAUGCCUAAACUCCAACUUCAAUCCGCCCAUUCCAGUAGAAAGAGUUGUGCUGCUUUCUACCGCGUUAGUUAAGGUAUGUGAUUGUUCCGGUCGUUGGCAACCCGCGCGGUUACUUUUCGACUCCGGAUCGCAUGCCUCCUUUGUAACCGAGGCGUGCGUGCAACGCUUGGGUCUGUCGCGAGUAUCGUCCGAAGUAUACAUCACUGGAAUUGGGUCAGCGCAAGGAGGUCGUGCUAGAGGUGAGGUAUCACUGUCUCUUUCCUCUUACUGUUCCGAUCAAUGCUUCACUGUCAAUGCACUAAUUUUACCAAAAAUUACAAGCGACUUACCAACGCAGACGAUAGCUGUUUCAACAUGGCCGCAUAUCCAAGGGUUGUUUCUAGCCGAUCCGCAGUUUAUGGAGCCGGGGCGUAUCGACAUAUUGGUUGGCAUGGACGUCAUGGACCAACUUGUCUGUGCGGAAUUCCAUAAGGGUCCACCCGGGACCCCCAUGACUCAGCGAACGGUCUUUGGAUGGACAUUGUUUGGAAGCUUGCAUGGCGCUGGGCCUACUGCGCCACGCUUGCAGUCGCUGCACUGUGAUGUUCAUUUAGAGCGAGCCUUGACUAGAUUGUGGGAGUUGGAGGAAGCACCUCAAAAGACGCACCUUACAUACGAAGAACGUUUCUGUGAAGACCACUUCGACACAACACAUCGAAGAGCACCUACUGGCCGAUUCAUCGUCGAGUUGCCGUUAAAGCCCGACGUACCGUUGGGAGAUUCGCGAGACCUGGCCGUCCAGAAUUUGCUACGCCUUGAAAGAAGACUUGCUCGCGACGCCGACCUACGUUUGCGCUACAACGAGUUUAUGAAAGAACUCAUAGACAUGAAUCAUAUGCAGAUCGCGUCAGAAACCUUAAAUCAAACAUACUAUAUGCCGCAUCAUCCCGUUAUAAAGGAGAGUAGCAUUACGACAAAACUUCGGGUUGUUUUCAACGCGUCCGCCAAAUCGUCUUCCGGGAAUUCUCUGAAUGACGCAUUAUUUGUCGGCCCUCAACUGCAGCAAGAUUUGUACACGAUUUUGAUGCGUUUCAGAACGCACCGCUUCGCAGUAACCGCAGAUAUCGCAAAAAUGUAUCGUCAAAUCUGCGUAUCCUCAAAACAUGCCGAUCUGCAGCGCAUCGUUUGGCGUAGCGAUCCAUCCUUGCCUAUCCAAGACUUUCGCAUGGUUCGUGUGACGUACGGAGUAGCAGCUGCAUCUCAUCUAGCUGUCCGUUCGCUGCAACAGACGGCAAGGUAUUCAUCAAAUGGUUGUGCUAGAGCCGUUAAUGUCAUCCUAAAGGACUUUUAUAUGGAUGAUCUGCUAAGCGGUGCUUCUAGUAAGGAGGAACUUCUGUUGCUGCAGCAAAGGGUGUCCGAAAUACUGCGGGAAGGUGGAUUUGAACUCCGAAAGUGGGCGUCGAACUGCGCGCAACUUAAUGCAAGCAUCUCUAAUGCAGCUGAAAAUAUAUCGCAUUACAUCGUCGACGAUAAGGAUGUUCACGCUUUAGGUCUUAUCUGGAACACGGAGGGAGACUACUUCACGUUCACUGUUAGCUUGAAUCAACCGCCCGUGAGUUUGACCAAGAGAGCAUUUUUAUCAGACGCAAGCACGCUCUUCGAUCCCUUGGGGCUGCUUGCACCUGCAACUAUAAAAUCAAAAAUGUGGUUCCAAGACAUUUGGCGCACCAGAGUAGGCUGGGAUGACCUCAUUACUGAGUCCAUUGCAACGAAAUGGUUGGAGCAUCGCAUAGAAUUGCAGCAGCUCGCACACUUGAAGGUCAAUCGCUGGCUCGGUACGGAAGUAUCCGGGUCAUUUACGCAACUGCACGUGUUCGCAGAUGCAUCCGAGCGCGCAUACUCCGCCGUUAUGUACGCGCGUACCUCACAAAGCGAUGGUACCAUUACCGUCGCGCUAAUCUCGUCGAAGACCAAGGUGGCUCCGCUAAAACCGACAACGUUACCACGCCUAGAGCUUUGCGCCGCACAUCUCGCUUCCAAACUGGUGCGAAGCGUGCUACUCAGCUGGCCUGAUCUUCGCUAG